CCAACUUGUACUUUGUUUCCAAAACCAAGACUGAGAUAGAGACUAGAAAGAGAAAGAGAGGGAGAGAGUCCGAAAUAGGGAAAUCAGUCCGGACCCUUUGGAGUUUGGUGACGUAUAAAUUUAUAAUUUAUAAAAGGCUGCUGGGUCUGUCUCUGAUUGUCACCGUAUACCCAAUCCUCUGUUUUAUUUUUCUUUUAUUCAUUCAGUCUUCAAUGGCUGUGUCACAAGCAAGCCUUCUUCUCCAAAAGCAAUUCAGAGAACUCUGUAAAAACCCUGUUGAUGGAUUCUCGGCUGGUUUGGUCGACGAGACCAAUGUUUUCGAAUGGGAAGUUACCAUUAUGGGUCCACCCGAUACUCUCUAUGAAUAUGGUUUCUUUAAUGCCAUCAUGAGCUUCCCCUCCGAUUAUCCAAACAGCCCUCCAACUGUGAAGUUUACCUCAGAGAUUUGGCAUCCUAAUGUUUACCGGGAUGGAACGGUUUGCAUUUCAAUUCUCCAUCCUCCAGGUGAUGAUCCAAAUGGCUAUGAGCUUGCGAGUGAACGCUGGAAUCCACUCCAUACGGUUGAGAGCAUUGCUUUGAGCAUUAUAUCAAUGCUGGCGAGCCCUAAUGAUGAAUCUCCUGCAAAUGUUGAAGCCGCGAAAGAAUGGAGAGAAAGAAGGGCCGAUUUUCAGAAGAAAGUUAGUCGCUGCGUUAGAAAAUCACAAGAAACGAUGUAGUCCAUCAUGCGCUACAAGAAAUAUGCUAUAUUGCGGCAUUUAUUUUCAGUCGUUUUGAAAAAUCCUGCACUUUUUUCUUUUUAAUUUGUGGUUAACUUACAUCAUUUUGAUAAAUUUAUCAUAAAAUUACAGCAUUUUGUGAUUA